UUGAUUUCCGGUCACUUUGCGGCUGUCGCGGUUCUCCACUUGUUUGUGCGUCAGCUGCUUAAAUGUGAUUUACUGCAGCUGGGACACACACAAACCUGGUCGUUUUCGUCCCAAACAGGUGGAUUCUACCGGACCCGGGUUUUCCAAGUCCACCGGGGUUCCACACGCCUCUUACCGGCCGCAUGACGUGACUUUUCUCUCCUUUCCAACAUUCCUGGCCCUGGUCCGGACACUUCUCUCGGACCUCCCACACCUCCAUCUCUGUCUUUUCGGACCCUCCAGGUUCGUCGACCCCCGCCAUGGCCGCCGCUACCUCCACCCCCGUGGCCUCCGGCAGCCGCGUCGGCCGUCCCUCCGCCGGCCGGACACCCGCAUCCGGCUCCGGCUCCAGCCCGACCCGCCGGUCCCGCAUCCAGGAGAAGGAUGAGCUCCGGCACCUCAACGACCGCCUCGCCAACUACAUCCAGCGGGUCCAGGAGCUGGAGGGGGAGCGGUCCACCCUGCUGAUCCGUCUGGAGGAGACCGAGGAGUCCAAGAGCCGGGAGACGGGGACCAUGCGGCGGCUGUACGAGGAGGAGCUGGCCGAUGUCAGGGCGACCCUGGACGGGGUGGCCGGGGAGCGGGCCCGGCUGCAGAUCGACUAUGGGAGCCUGAGUGAGGAGUAUAAGAAGCUCCAGAGCAGGUUCCAGAAGAUUGAGGGUGAUCUGUUGAAUACUUCGACCCAGAAGAAGAAAUUAGAAGCAGCUCUAAACUCCAAAGAGGCUGAGCGCUCAAAGCUGCUGUUGGAGAACGGGACAUUAAAUGGUGACAUAACGGACCUGCAGGACCAUCUGAGAAAGGUUGAGGAUUCUCUGGCAGAAACCAAGAACCACCUGAGCACUGAGACGCUGAGGAGGGUGGACUUGGAGAACCAGGUGCAGACCCUUAGAGAGCAGCUGGCGUUCCAAAAGAACAUGAGCGAGCAGGAGACUCAGGAGAUCCGGCAUCGUAGCGAGACCCAGUUAAUGGAGAUGGAGUCGACGCGACGGCGGGAGUUUGAGGGCAAACUGGCCGAGGUGAUGCAGCAGCUCCGUCAGGACCACGAGGCCCAGAUGCAGCUGUACAAAGAGGAGGUCGACAAGACCUUCAGCGCGAAGCUGCAGAUUGCCCAGCAGGCCGCGCUGGACAACAACAACGCCGCCUUGGCCACUAAAGAUGAACUGGAGAGCACUAAACUCAGAGUGGAGACCCUCAGCUCGCAGCUUCAGCAGUCCCAGAAAGACAAAAUGGUCCUGGAGGAUCGCUUCCAAGAGCUGGAGAGGACUCUAGACCUGGAGCGGAAGGUCUGGCAGCAGAAGCUCAAUCAGAAGGAGCAGGAGAUGCUGAAUAUGAGGAGCCAGAUGUACAGCCAGAUGGAGGACUACGAGAACCUGCUGGACGUGAAGCUCGCACUGGACAUGGAGAUCAGCGCCUACAGGAAGAUGCUGGAGGUGGAGGAGCAGAGACUGCAGCUAUCUCCGAGCCCCUCCCAGCGUACGACUGUCCCUCGAACACAGGAGGAGGGCAGAAUCAGGUUAAGAGGCAGGAAGCGGAAACACGAGGACGCCUCCGGGAGCACACCUGCCUACAAGAGGCCCGGUCGGUCCUUGGACGUCGGCGCCGUGAGCGUGAUGGAGGUGGAUGCGGACGGCAGAUACGUCCAACUGAAGAACAACUCUGACACGGAUCAGCCGAUCGGAGGCUGGGUGGUCCGCAGGGUGUACUCUGAUGCGGGGGACAUCUCAUUCCACAUCCCCUCUCCCUGUGUCCUGGCUGGGGGGCAGACACUCACUAUCUGGGCAGCAGGUGCAGAGGAGGAGGCCGACACCGGGGACCUGAUCCUCGAGGGCCACAGGAGCUGGGGUCCGGCCACCGACGUCCGGGUCAUCCUCCUGAAACCCGAAUAUGAAGAGACGGCUGAGCGCAGGGUUCGUCUGGGUCGGAACGAGGAAACGCAAUUGGAGUUCGAUGAGGAGUUUGUCGGUGGCAGCGACAUCCAGCACUUUAGGAGACAGCCAAAGAGAAAGAAGAAGAAGUGUUGCUCUGUGUCGUGAGUGCACAGUUGAGUGGGUUGAACAGAUCUGUCUAAGGAGGCGAGCUGUGCAGUUAUGUGACCGCUUAUCCAUCUCCCGCUGCCUUCCUCGUCAGAUUCCUCACUCUGGUCUACAGCAGUCGGAUUCCAACAUCAUGUCAUCCAGCAGACUGCAGUUAAAAUCCGGACCUGUUAGAUUAAGAGCUCACUCAGACGCCUUACAGCCACGACGUUCACCUCGGUAUCCCUAACUAACCUCAUAACUGCACAAGAAUGUUUUAAUUUAAAAGGUAAAAUAAAGUUUUCUAAACAAAUGUAAUAUUGGUCUAUGUAUUAAUGAGCAUUUAUUGCAAAUCCAGUUGAAUUUGGUGGAUAAAGCUGUUCAGAUGAGACAAUAUGGGUGACCUGCAAAAAAAAAAAAAAAAAAAAAAAAUUAGGAUUAUGAAAGAAUUAAAGGGUUGAAUCAGUCGAACUGUCAUUUAGAAAACGCAUUACAGGAUGGUUGGCUGAAGAAAGUGGACAUUGUUCCAACUUGUGCUGUUUUCUGAGACUUUUUUUAUUUUUUAAAACAUACACAGCCUGUUCAGUUCUGCACUGUGUUUUGUUGGAUCGCCUUUAGCUUUGAUUGCGGCACGCUUUCACUGUGGUGUUAUUUUAAUACGCUUAUACAACAUUUAUUUCCAUCCAUAGCUGCCUUAGUUUUUGUCCAAGAUCUUAUGCUGAUGAUAGAAAGCUGGACCACUGUGUAAAAUCUUCAUCAUAUCCCAAAGAUUCUCAAUGUGGUUCAGGUCAGGACUCUGUUCUGUCCAAUCCAUGUGUAAAAUGGUGUCUCAUGCUCCUGAAUCCCUCUUUCACCAUCUGAUCCUGAUGAAUCCUGGUGUUUUCAUCUUGGAAUAUGAAGAAAAACUCCAGUUUAUUCCGUAUCAGCUGAACUCCUUUUACGGACAUGGAACAUUGUGAAGCAAGACUUGAUCAAAUGAAACAACCCCAGGUUACAACACUGCCCCCACAGGCUUGUACUGUGGGCACUAAGCAUGAUGGGUAAUCGCUUCAUCCUCCUCUGGUCCAUCACACUGGGAACAGGGUCAAUCUUGACUCAUCAGACCUUUUUCCAUUGAAGCAGUCCAAUCUUUGUGCUCCUCAUUGUAUCAGUUUAAGGGUUAAAUAACUGAAACAUAUUAAUCACUACAGGAUCUGAACACUUUUCUAAGAUAAAGAU